AUGAUUAAUCGAUAAACUCUAUUUUAAGAAUGCUAUCUUUUAUUUCCUAAAUUAUGUUAUGUUCUUGACAAAAUAAAGGUAAGGAAAAUAUUUGAGGGUUAAGUUGAGUUUGACUAGCAGGAGAUGGAAAUCUUAAAAUAAUUCGAAACAUACUUAAUCUCAAAACGCUUUAUGCCUAAGUUCUCACCCAAUUAAUUUAGGUGGACUGAAUCCUAAUUGCUGAGGAUGUUAUAUGCUACUAAAUUUAAGUUUGAGAAGACUUAUGCAGCCAUCCAGGCCUAUAUUUAAUGGAAGAAUCAAGCAUUUCCACUUAAGGAGAAUUAGGACACAUCUAAAUUCUUAUUAAGUGGUUCUAUAUACCUUCAUGGAAGAGACAAUAGAUUUAGACCAAUAAUAGUGGUUAAUGCUGUUAAAUUGGCAGCAUAAAAAAAUAUUGACAUAACCUUAGAUUCAAUGACUAUAUUUUUAGAACAUGUGCUUUCAAAUUACAUGUUACCUGGAUAGAUAGAGAAUUGGGUUGUUGUAAUGGAUUUAGGUGGUUUGGGAAUUACAAGUUUGCCAAGACAAUAACUGUAAAGAGUAUUAGAUUAUCUAUAAAAUAACUAUCGUUCUAGAAUGCAUAAAUGUUAUGUAAUUAAUUGUCCUAGUACAAUCACAUUUUCUUGGAAUAUAGUAAAAGGAUUUUUAGAAGAGAUAACUGUAAGAAAAAUAUCAUUUGAAAAAUCUUCUAUUCCAACUGGAUUAUUUGAGCAUUGUCAUAAAUCAUAAGUUGAAUAAAAAUAUGGCGGAGUUUCUUCAAAUAUUGAAAACACCUUUUGGCCUCCAAAGGAGAUUAGUUAAUAAUAUUUUUUACCAACAGAUAAUAUCUCAGAUAUACUUAUUUCAAAACAAUAAUAUAAUCAUCUCUAUGAAGUCGGGAAGCUUUCAAAAAACCACAUUUGUAAAGAACUUCUUGAAGAUCUAGGAUCAGCCAGCUAUAAUACAAAUAUGGAUUAGAAUAUAGACAAAAAAAUGAAAGAAGAAGUACCUGAUCCAGAGGAAGAAUAACAAGUUAUUAACAAUCUCAUUCAAAACAAUCAAGGGUUCUAUUAAACUGAGGUUGAAGAAAAGUUUGAUGCCGUAUUCUGGGAAGCCACAAUUUAAAAACCAUUAAGUUUUAAUAUUCACAAAAAUAUGUUAAAAUAUUGA